AUGAAAAUUAUACUCAAUAUUCCUGGCGAUGCCAGAUGGGCACAAAAUGGAAUCACUGUUGCUGGGGGUCAUGGAUAUGGUAGUGUCAAUUAUCAACUCUACUAUCCUUUGGGCUUAUGGGUCGAUGAUGAUCAAACAGUGGUCCUUAUUGACCAAUUAAAUCAUCGUAUCGUGCAAUGGUACAAAGGUGAUAAUUAUGGGCACGCUGUUGCUGGUGGCAAAGACUCAGGAAAUGAAUUGAAUCAAUUGAAAGAUCAAACUGAUAUAUUGAUCGACCAAGAGACGGAUAGUCUCAUUGUUUGCGAUCAAGGGAAUCGACGAAUUUUACAAUGGUCUCUUCGUAGAGGCACAGAACAAGGAGAAAUUCUCAUUAGCAACAUCGCAUGCUAUGGAUAA